GGCUGCUGUCGCCGUCGCCGCCCGAGCCCGCCCGCCCGCCGGCGGCGGCGCAGGCUGAGGAGAUGCGGCUCGGAGCGCCCGAGCAGGGCUAGACGCGGCCCGCCGCCGCCGCGGUUCAUCUCUGCAAGGCCAGGUGACAACUUCUGCUCUUCUUGUGGAUUACUUGGUUUACAAGACCCUGCCAGUGAGACUUCGAGUUUACGCAGCUGGGACCCGAGCCGCCUCAGUUUUUACUUGCAUGUGCUGGUGGAAGUUUGGAGCUGGUUGGAGCUACUGUUUACGUGGACAUUUUGAGCCAUUUUGAACUUAAGGCGCUGACACUGCUAGCAAUGAGCUCCCAAAGCCAUCCAGAUGGACUUUCUGGCCGAGACCAGCCGGUGGAGCUGCUGAAUCCUGCCCGGGUGAACCACAUGUCCAGCGCGGUGGACGUGGCUACGGCGCUGCCUCUGCAAGUGGCCCCUGCAGCAGUACCCAUGGACCUACGCCUGGACCACCAGUUCUCUCUGCCCUUGGAACCCGCGCUGCGGGAGCAGCAGCUGCAGCAGGAGCUUCUAGCACUGAAGCAGAAGCAGCAGAUCCAGCGGCAGAUCCUCAUUGCUGAGUUCCAGCGCCAGCACGAGCAGCUGUCCCGGCAGCAUGAAGCCCAGCUGCAUGAACACAUCAAGCAGCAGCAGGAGAUGCUGGCCAUGAAGCACCAGCAGGAGCUGCUGGAGCACCAGCGGAAACUGGAGCGGCACCGGCAGGAGCAGGAGCUGGAGAAGCAGCACCGGGAGCAGAAGCUGCAGCAGCUCAAGAACAAGGAGAAGGGCAAAGAGAGUGCUGUGGCCAGCACCGAGGUGAAGAUGAAGCUGCAGGAGUUUGUUCUCAACAAGAAGAAGGCGCUGGCCCACCGGAACCUGAACCACUGCAUUUCCAGCGAUCCCCGCUACUGGUACGGGAAGACACAGCACAGCUCUCUUGACCAGAGCUCUCCGCCCCAGAGCGGGGUGUCAGCUUCCUACAACCACCCAGUCUUGGGAAUGUAUGACGCCAAAGAUGACUUCCCUCUUAGGAAAACAGCUUCUGAACCCAACCUGAAAUUACGGUCAAGGCUUAAGCAGAAAGUAGCUGAGAGGCGGAGCAGCCCCCUGUUGCGCAGGAAAGAUGGCCCUGUGGCCACUGCUCUAAAAAAGCGACCCCUGGAUGUCACAGACUCCGCGUGCAGCAGCGCCCCCGGCUCCGGCCCCAGCUCUCCCAACAGCAGCUCUGGAAACGUCAGCACCGAAAAUGGCAUCGCACCUGCCGUGCCCAGCGCUCCAGCCGAGACGAGCUUGGCACAUAGACUUGUGACUCGAGAAGGCUCAGUCGCCCCACUCCCUCUGUACACAUCGCCAUCCUUACCCAACAUCACCCUGGGGCUUCCUGCCACCGGCCCUGCCGCUGGUGCAGCAGGCCAGCAGGAUGCUGAGAGACUUGCUCUCCCAGCCCUCCAGCAGCGGAUCUCCCUCUUCCCUGGCACCCACCUCACCCCUUACCUGAGCACCUCACCCCUGGAACGGGACGGUGGAGCAGCUCACAACCCCCUCCUACAGCAUAUGGUCCUGCUGGAGCAGGCACCCACCCAGACGCCCCUUGUCACAGGCCUGGGGGCGUUGCCCCUCCACACACAGUCCCUGGUUGGUGCGGACAGGGUGUCCCCAUCCAUUCACAAGCUGCGGCAGCACCGCCCCCUGGGGCGCACGCAGUCAGCGCCCCUGCCACAGAACGCACAGGCCCUGCAGCACCUGGUGAUCCAGCAGCAGCACCAGCAGUUUCUGGAGAAGCACAAGCAGCAGUUCCAGCAGCAGCAGCUGCACCUCAGCAAGAUGAUCUCCAAACCCAACGAGCCACCCCGGCAGCCUGAGAGCCACCCUGAGGAGACGGAGGAGGAGCUCCGUGAACACCAGGCCUUGCUGGAUGAGCCCUACCUAGACCGGCUCCCUGGGCAGAAGGAGCCCUCCCUAGCUGGUGUCCAGGUGAAGCAGGAGCCCAUUGAGAGUGAGGAGGAAGAGGUAGAGCCCACUCGAGAGGCGGAACCCAGCCAGCGCCCAGCCACUGAGCAAGAGCUGCUCUUCAGACAGCAAGCUCUCCUGCUGGAGCAGCAGAGGAUCCACCAGCUAAGGAACUACCAGGCGUCUAUGGAGGCUGCUGGCAUCCCUGUGUCAUUUGGCAGCCACAGGCCUCUGUCUCGGGCACAGUCCUCCCCAGCAUCUGCCACCUUCCCCAUGUCAGUCCAGGAGCCCCCCACCAAACCAAGGUUCACCACAGGCCUUGUAUAUGACACGUUGAUGUUGAAGCAUCAGUGUACCUGUGGGAACACCAACAGCCACCCGGAGCAUGCUGGGAGGAUCCAGAGCAUCUGGUCCCGCCUGCAGGAGACUGGCCUCCGUGGCAAGUGUGAGUGCAUCCGCGGACGCAAGGCCACAUUAGAAGAACUGCAGACAGUGCACUCGGAAGCCCACACACUCCUCUAUGGCACAAACCCUCUCAACAGACAGAAACUGGACAGUUCGCUGACCUCCGUGUUUGUCAGGCUCCCUUGUGGUGGUGUUGGGGUGGACAGCGACACCAUAUGGAAUGAGGUACACUCAUCGGGAGCAGCCCGCCUGGCUGUGGGCUGUGUGGUGGAGCUGGUCUUCAAGGUGGCCACAGGAGAGCUAAAGAAUGGCUUUGCUGUGGUUCGUCCCCCAGGACACCAUGCCGAGGAGAGUACACCCAUGGGGUUCUGCUACUUCAACUCCGUGGCAGUGGCAGCCAAACUUCUCCAGCAGAGGCUGAAUGUGAGCAAGAUCCUCAUUGUGGACUGGGAUGUGCACCAUGGGAACGGGACCCAGCAGGCCUUCUACAAUGACCCCAAUGUUCUCUACAUGUCCCUGCACCGCUAUGACGAUGGGAACUUCUUCCCGGGAAGUGGAGCCCCAGAUGAGGUGGGCACAGGGCCAGGCGUGGGUUUCAACGUCAACAUGGCUUUCACGGGUGGCCUUGAACCCCCCAUGGGAGAUGCAGAGUACCUGGCGGCUUUCAGGGUGUCCACAGUGUCUGACCUGCCUGGCCAGCCUUUGAGCAGAUUAUAUGCUGUCCAUCGCCAUCAUAAUAUAUCUGUUUCUCUCUUACAGCUUGAGCCUCUGCCAGAAAAGGUUCUGCAGCAGAGACCCAAUGCCAAUGCUGUCCACUCCAUGGAGAAAGUGAUGGACAUCCACAGCAAGUACUGGCGCUGCCUGCAGCGCUUGUCCUCCACUGUGGGGCACUCUCUGAUUGAGGCGCAGAAGUGUGAGACCGAAGAGGCUGAGACAGUCACCGCCAUGGCCUCCCUGUCUGUAGGCGUAAAACCUGCUGAGAAGAGGUCGGAGGAGGAGCCUAUGGAGGAGGAGCCACCACUGUAGCCCAGGCUGCUGCUCUCUCCUUUGUCUGUCUGUCUUGAAGCUCAGCCAAGAAACUUUCCCGUGUCACUCCUGCGUCCUGCCUCGGUGCUCUCUCUGAGUGCAAGGGACACCAGGCGUGCAGCAGCAACAGGAGGCCUUUCCGCCGCCCUGGACACAGGUCUGGAGACGCACACGAACCCCAGGUGUGGCAGAUCACAUGGAACACAGGACAGCGUGCACCACACAGGCACACAGACACGCGGAAAGCCAAGCACACACUGGUGGGGUCCCCCAGGGAAGCCCACGAAGGAAGAAGCCUGUGGCAACGUGGGCAAAGUUGCUGAAUCGAGUUGACAUGAGGAAAAUGAAAAUCAAAGAUCUAAUAAUACAGAAAAGACUUGAUUAAAACUGGUGCUUAACAUUUGAUUCUUACCCACAAUCCCACACUCUCCGUGUAAACCACUCAACUCGUCUUGUAGCUUUUUUCUAAACAGAGUUUUCUAUGGCUCUGGCCUGUGAACCUUAGUGGGUGCUGUGGGGGUUCACAGCUAGUGAGGGACAGAGUUGGAAGAAACUUUAAAGAAAAAAAGAAACUGGACAGAACAGAAAUGUGAGCCUGGGAGUCAGCUGGAGCUUCUCGAAGCCAUCGGAAGAUGCGAGUUUGUGCCUUUUUUUAUUGCUCUGAUGGAUUUUUUUGUGGCUGGGUUUUCUGAAGUCUGAGGAACAAUGCCUUAAGAAAAAAAAAAAAAAAAACACCAAGGAUUGGUGUGACAGUGUCCUGCGGCUGGCUGAGCUGUGAUGCUGGCCUGGCAUUACAAGAGUAGGCACCAGCCACUGUCCCCGGGCCACAGUGCAGCCAGCCUUGCUUGGUUUGAUCGCUGUUUAAGGAAGAUGAGGUAGUUCCAGAAAGCAGCGAACUGCCGGCAGUUUUGAAGUCCAACAUGUUUUCAACGGAUCCAAAGUGUUCUUUUCUCAUCCGUCACGUAGCAGUGGAGCAUCUCCAUUCGGUUGUGAAGCAUGUCGUAGGCACACUGCAGUGUUACGAUCGGAAUGCUUUUCAUUAAAAGCAGGUAGCAUGAAGUAUUGCUUAAAUUUUAGGUAUAAAUAAAUAUAUAUAUGUAUAAUAUAUAUUCCACUGUAUUCCAAGCUAAGAAACUUGAUUCUUAUGAGAUCUUGAUAAAAUAUUUAUAAUGCAUUUAUAGACAAAGUAUAUAUAAAUAUAUAUAAUAAAUCCAGACCGCAGAGGUCCUGGCAGGUGAAAGACAUGUGUGUUAGCUCUGAGGUGCUGAGGGCUGGGGUCUGGAUUGAAGCCCAAGGAAUUUUGAGCUCCAGCUUCCAGAUCACCAACAUGUUCACCCCUGGGCAACUUCCCUACCAGUUUGUACUUUAAUUUUAAUUAUUUUCUAACAAAGCCUCUGCCCUCUCCAAGCCUCCAUGCACAUAUGUACCUGAUGAGUUUUUAUAGCAAAGGAUAUAAACUUGCUGUUGAUUUUUGUAUGAAUUUUUUCACAAAAGAUCCUGAAGAAAACAUUGUUUCGUGGAUUUUACAUUUUUUUUUUCCCUCACCAUUCAGCAGUUUUCUGAAGGUGGUAAUGUCUAAAACCUUUUCUUUCUAAAUUCUUACUUGUACAUUUUUUUUAUAGCUCUGAAGGUUGUUUUUAUGGUUUGGUUCUGUUUCUUUUUGUACAGCAAGCAGAGCUCUGCUGUGCACAGGACCGCUGCUGUCAUCCUUGGUUUUCAGAGGGAACCUCUCGGGAAUGGCUAGCAGGUCUGCGAGGUCCCCUUGCCUUGUCUUUUCAGGCUCCCCCCAGGAGCCGCCCAGCCAGGGGCUUCUGUCUUGCAACACUAGUAGUAUUACAAGGGUGGGCAGGCCGUGUGAGCCGUGAGGGCGGUCGGCAUUAAUGAGUGUGGACUUGUAACCACUCCGUCAGAAUAGAACUCCAGCUCUAGUUUCCCAAAGACCUUUGAAGCAUGUCCACAGUGCCUGGCUCGGAGCCCGGCCCUGCACCUGUUCAGGGGUGUCCACUGCAGCCUUGCAGCCUAGACUCUGGCUGCAGCCACCGCCCUGGGUUUGGAGCCUGUGGCUGCUGAACCAGCCCCUUGUCACUUGAGCCUGGAGGAGCACAGGGUCCUGAGGGACAGGCAGUCUUUGUCUUUGCUCUUUUUUUUUUCUAUGACAACUGACUCUUUUUACUGCUAACUUCUUUUUUAGCACUUAAAGCCGCCAAUUUCAUUCCAAAGUAUGUGGAGUUCAGACUGGUAAGAGGAAGUUGAGGUACUCAGAAGGGACACCCAGCUAAGUUUCUGAGUUAGGUGGCAUUUACAGGGUAAGGGAACUGGGUCAGGCUUUUGACAGCCAGGCUGAGCACACAUUCUUGGACUUUUGCCGGCUGGGCUGCUGUGAGUCAGUGCAGAGCUAAGAUGGUGGGCAGAGCGCGGGGUAGAGAGGUCUUGGGACAUGCCUGACUCCUUCCUGCCUGUGGCUACUCUGGCCCUUGGCAGAAGGAGCCAACCUGCAGCCCCUCCCAGCUUGUGGCACUGCAUGGUGGCAGAGGCCAGCUAGCUGCUCUUCUGGCCGCCUUGGCCCAUUUUCUGCACACCCUGCCACCUGCCCUCUUGUGCCAGCCACGACUCGUGGGAGGUACACAUCAUCUUCCUUUUUCAGGUGAUGGGUAGCAAACAGGCUAUUCGGUGGCCAGGGGACUGUGAGAGAGGCUCAGUUUGGUCCCAUUGAGUCACCUUUGAUUCAGGGGCCUGGCCAGGGAGCCAGCUCACUCCAGCUUCCCUGGGAGCCGAAAGCAUUACCUACCAUAUAGCCUUUUCUUCCCUUUGAAGACACGUGGCCCUUCCCCAGAGUUGUCUCCCAGGACAGAGGGAGGGCAGAAGGUCGGCCUUGACCUCCAGGGCAGGACCACAGCACUCCCCUGCCUGGACCUUGAACCUUCCACCUUCUCCCUUCCUUUGCAAAGGCCUUGGUGGGUGCUGGCAAGGGAGCUGGGGGCAAGCACUUUACAUCCCUUUAAGGGAAGCCCGAAGACACCAUGUCCUCAGGAUGCUGGUGUUCACUCACCCUUGGGUCUUCCAGCUGCACCCUGAGAGCCCAUGCCCCACCAGCAGGCGGCUGUUCCCAAGGCCACACCCACAGGGACAUCCCAGGGCUCUGGCUUCCGAGGGCCGCUUUAUCAAAGUGUUUCAGUUUUUCUUUACUUUCAAAUCUGUCCCCAAGAGGAAGGACCAUUUUGCAGUGGUCUCCGCAGCACUGGUGAUGGACUUGGUUGUGUUUCUUUCCGUCAGAACAUUCCUUCUUCACUGGUCACAGCCACGUGCUCAUUCCAUCCUUCUUUUUGUAGACUUUGGGCCCAUGUAUUUUAUGGGCAUUGAUACAUAUAUAAAUAUAUAGAUAUAAAUAUAUAAAUAUAUUUUUUUAAGUUUCCUACAUCUGGAGGUUGCAUGGACGUACGCCGGCAUGUCUUUAUAUUGUAUACAGAUUUUGCACGCCAAACUCGGCAGCUCUGGGGAAGGAGAAACGAUGCCUUUCUUUCCCCUCUCAUGAUGUUUGCAGAUGCAGAAAUUUUUUUCUGUAAAACAAAACAAAAUCUUGAAGGAGAGGAGGGGGGAGUUUGAGUCUUAUUGAACUUAUUCUUAAGAAAUUGUACUUUUUAUUGUAAGAACAAUGAAAGGACUACUUACACAUGUGUCAUUAAGAAGAGUUUACCUAGCACCUUUGACAGAGAGUCGAUUGUAUCCAUGUGCAAGCUCCACAUUCAGACCCUACUGCCUGUCUCUCAAGCUGGUUGAGAGGAUUUUGUUCUGUUUUGUUUGUUUCCUUUUCUCUCCCUGCACAGGGCCAGGUGCACCCUGCCUGCUGUCACCGGCCUCUGGUUGAGAACCUGGGGGUCGGGUGAGUUCCCGUCUCAGCACAGCUGUGUUGACGGGUUCGUUCCUUCUGGAAGACACGGGGCUGGGGUUCCACACUGAGCAAUCCAGGCCUUUGUGAGCCCUGGGUCUAAGCGAUACUUAGCACUGGAGGAAAACAUUUCUCCCUCUCAAGGACCCGGGCAUGCUCUGCACCCGGCCUUGAUGGCCUCUCUGGCCUCACAUUGAUCAAAGUCUGCUAUGGAAAGAACAGAAUGCAGACAGGCCUUGUUCUGGGGGUGUGCACUCCACUGAGGAGGCACUAUUUUCCAAUCUGUAAGAAUGUUAAACAUGCUGUUUCCAUGUAUGCACAGGAGGCUGACCUCACUCAGCAAGAGCUCACUACAGAAGUGUGGUCGAAGCCAUUGAAGCGCUGUGACAUGAUGCUGGGUGGGCUCCGCAGCCACGCCACCUUCACUCUGUAACAGCCUGUUUUCUCUUUGGUUGUCUGGACCUCCCCUCGGCGGCGCUUUCUCCUCUUGGCGGGGUUGGAGGUCAUGUUUGGUUUUCUCAUUCUUGUUUCAUUUUGUGUGGUGGGUUUCACUGACCGGCGGUGUCCUCUGGCGGUCACCUCUUUCCACCUCCCGGGUCCAGUGUCUGUACCACAUCACACACUUGUCACUCUUGUGGUGUAAAUAAAGACUGCGUUAAUUGCCCUCCCA